UGAGUCGAAUGUUGAUGCGAUGAGAGGGAGUGAAGGAUGUGGGCGGGAAGAGGCUCUGAAUGACGGUAUUUCUAAUUCUUUUGUUAAACGUAAUUUCCCGGAUAAGGUCAAGCCUUGGGACAGAGCGGCAUACGACGAGCGUCUUUCAACGUUUAUGCCAUCUACCUGGUUCAACAAGCCACGUUGUCUAAUGUCAGACGUGUGCAAGCCAACAUGGAUGGAUUAACAACUCAUCAGACCAGCUCAAGUGCAUGGCAUGCAACGCACGUCUUUGUGUAGUUCUUCCACCCGUUUGGGACAGAGAUGAGCAUCAGCGAACAACCAACGAGUACAAAGAGAAAUUGGCAAGUGGACACUACGACUUCUGUGUGUGGAAGGGAUCUAAAUCACCAGAUUGGUUCCUUGGUUUGCCGAAGAGAACAUAUGCAGAGUGGCUUUGUGAUUUUCAAACUCGAUUUGACUCGCUCGUACAACUUAGAGACAACACACCUUUUAUACACGACAAUGCUCUUCAUCAUCUGGAUGGUUUAGAUGGUGAGAUGAUUGGAAGUCUCUUGACUUUAGUGAAACACAGUGAAUCAGAUUUCGAUCUGACGGCUUGUGUAUUAGCCAUGUGUGGCUGGGAGGCCAGUGCAUCGACAUGUGGAGCAUCACAGCACAUCAUUAUUACAUGCUCUACAUGCAAACGAAGGAUCCUUCAUUCUUCUCUCCUUGUUGUAUCCGAUCUUCAACACACUACAGUCAAGCAUCAAAGCUCUCCCACAAAGAGACAAACAAAUUCAAUAGACACAAUCGUCAUGAAGACCCCCAGUGAAGAAAAAACAAGUUCAUAUGAAAGUAACAGACUUGUGGAAGGCGAUAAUGCAGAUGGUGCUUGUAGGGAGAGAGAGGAGCAUGACACAACAGGCUCGUCUAAUGUCUGUAGCGUUCCAACCGAGACUGAUGUCACUCAGAGAGACAGUGAAGAUGGGAAUGCAGGUGUGCGCCGUGUAGAGGGAAGGGAGACAAGCAUGGCAGCGAACAGCGAAGAGGGAGACGACAUAACUGCAACAGAGAGAGAACAAGUUUGUAGCAAGAAUGGAGCAAUGGAAUCAACUCCGACUAGAGACGACCAACACACACCACAGUCAUUGAUAUCAAAUUUAUUUAAGGUUGAGCGACUACCGUUUGAUGUGAUAUCAGAGCACUCGUCUUGGUGUCCGUGGAUCUCACCACCAUACGUCUCUACGAUCGCCAAGACCAAAGUUCUCACAGCUUGUCAGCCAGGAUGGCAAGCUCUAGUCGACUUGUUGAGUCCAAGUAGUUGCUCAACACAUCAAAGAGCGAAGACAUCUGCAGGGGAAACCGUAACUACAGUCAGAAAAUUGCUGAAGACUUUUACUUAGCAUGAAGUCAACGUUGAUAGCGUGUACACUACAACAGUUUAUACGGGUAUUAAUGGGGCGUGUCGGUACAGAUGCUUACUAGUAGUACACACCUCGCGCAUUAUUUGGACUCCGAGGACAGUAAAGUUGCUAAAAUUUGUUUUUCUUACACGCUUGUAGGUUAGUGGUUUGAGAUAACGUAUUGCGCGUGAUUGGUGCAUAUAAAAUAUAAAUCACGUGAC